GUCGGCUCGAGCCAAUGGCCGGGCGCGGCGCGCGCGAUGCGCCACCCGCGCGGCGGCGCACGCCGAAGGUGUGCGCUUGAGCCGGCGGCGGCCCUGGCGCUCGCGGCAGCUGCAGGCGCGCUGCCGCCGCCCGCCGCGGGCGGCGGGCCCGGCGCCGCCGCCCCCGCCUGGCUGCACCUGGGGCAGGUCGUGCGCUCGAACCUCGGGGGCGCGGGCCCCGACUUCGGCAGGGCGCCGAGCCUGCGCUACGGGAACGUAGCGGUGGUCGGCGGGGAGUCCGUCGAUCUGGACAUCAGCGUGCAGGGCGACGGCAGCAAGUACGCGGCGGUGUCCCCGGAGCGCAACGGGCUGCAGGGGCACGUGGGGCGCGUGAACGUCCAGGCGGGCACGGGAGUCAACCUCCUGUUCAACUUUGUGGCGCACGACACGUCUUUGCCCAAGAAGCUGGACAACUUCUUCGUUACGG